AUGGUCGUUGGUGGACCGUCGCAGUUUGGUCUCACCGACAUCCCCUCCAACGGGACGGCAGCUGGGAGCAUGGUGACCGCUCAGGAGGAUGGGGUGGAGAGCACGUUGGACGUGGCGGUGGCCACGUUCAAGCUGAUAGAGGUUGCAUUCGCCAUUGCUGUAGAAGGGCAUCGCUUGGAGACGUGCACCAGCUUCGCUACCAAGCAGAUUCUGAAGCUGAAGAACCAGCGAAAGGACAGGGUUACUGAGAGGGCACAGCUCUAUGGCAAAGACGGCGUUCGCAAGAUAUCGCGGAGUGAGCAGCGGCGUGUCAAGCCGCGGGCAUGUGCACUGAUUGCGCAAAUCAACACGGCAGAAGAUGCAGCCGACUGGCUGCAGCAGCACAAGUUUGUCAAGAAGCCGCGGUCCUGCCCGCAGUGCCAGAAGAAACGUCUGUCCUUCUGCGUCGAAGCAAGGGACCGAGGACCACACUGGCGCUGUCUUCACUGCAAAACGCAUGUCAGCUUCCUCACAGAUUCUCCUUUUCGUGGUCUGAAAGCAAAUCCUGUGAUGCUGCUCAUCCGGAAUUAUGAGCAGAUGGAUGCAACGAAGGCGCCCAGGCCGACGGAGUUGGUGCAAGCGUGCAAGACAAGCUGGAGACAGGCAUGGCUUCAAUUUCCCGACUUUCCUGCCUGCUAA